CUCUUCGGGAAUACUCGAUCAACCCAGACACUCAUAUUCGGCGAUCUAAACUAGGUUUCUUCAAAUUCGGCGAUCUAAACUAGGUUUCUUCAACACCCACCUAUCUCAGGAUGCAGAUUUUUGUGAAAACUCUCACUGGCAAGACCAUUACACUUGAGGUUGAGAGCUCAGAUACCAUUGACAAUGUGAAGGCUAAGAUUCAAGAUAAGGAAGGAAUUCCCCCAGACCAGCAGAGGUUGAUCUUUGCCGGUAAGCAGUUGGAAGAUGGAAGAACUCUUGCUGACUACAACAUCCAGAAAGAAUCCACUCUCCAUCUUGUCCUACGUCUCAGAGGUGGUAUGCAAAUCUUUGUGAAAACCCUGACUGGAAAGACCAUUACUUUGGAGGUCGAGAGCUCUGAUACUAUCGAUAAUGUCAAGGCCAAGAUCCAAGACAAGGAAGGUAUUCCUCCAGACCAGCAGAGGUUGAUUUUUGCUGGGAAGCAAUUGGAAGAUGGGCGCACCCUUGCUGACUACAACAUCCAGAAGGAAUCCACUCUCCAUCUUGUCCUCCGUCUCAGAGGUGGUAUGCAAAUCUUUGUAAAAACCCUAACUGGAAAGACUAUCACUUUGGAAGUCGAAAGUUCUGAUACUAUCGAUAAUGUCAAGGCCAAGAUCCAAGAUAAGGAAGGUAUUCCUCCAGACCAGCAGAGGUUGAUUUUUGCUGGGAAGCAAUUGGAAGAUGGGCGUACCCUUGCUGACUACAACAUCCAAAAGGAAUCCACCCUUCACUUGGUUCUACGACUAAGAGGUGGUAUGCAGAUCUUUGUGAAAACCCUUACUGGAAAGACCAUCACCUUAGAAGUUGAGAGUUCAGAUACCAUUGACAACGUUAAGGCUAAGAUUCAAGAUAAGGAAGGUAUUCCUCCAGACCAGCAACGACUGAUCUUUGCUGGAAAACAAUUGGAAGAUGGGCGUACCCUUGCUGACUACAACAUCCAGAAGGAAUCUACUCUCCAUUUGGUGCUUCGUCUCAGAGGUGGUAUGCAGAUUUUUGUGAAAACCCUGACUGGAAAAACAAUCACUUUAGAGGUUGAGAGUUCGGAUACUAUAGACAAUGUGAAGGCGAAGAUACAAGACAAAGAAGGUAUUCCUCCAGAUCAGCAGAGGUUGAUUUUUGCUGGGAAACAAUUGGAAGAUGGGCGUACCCUUGCCGACUACAACAUCCAGAAGGAAUCCACCCUUCACCUUGUCUUGCGUCUUCGUGGUGGUAUGCAGAUAUUUGUGAAAACCUUGACUGGAAAAACCAUCACCUUGGAGGUUGAGAGCUCUGAUACCAUUGAUAACGUGAAGGCCAAAAUCCAGGACAAGGAGGGAAUUCCUCCAGAUCAGCAAAGGUUGAUUUUUGCCGGGAAGCAACUCGAGGAUGGUCGCACUCUUGCUGAUUACAACAUUCAGAAGGAGUCCACCCUCCACCUUGUCCUCCGUCUCCGAGGUGGUUUCUGUUGAUGGCAUUGAUUUCCAAGAUGAUCGCGAGCGUCAGUUGGUGUGUUACCUUUACACUGCAUGCUUUCAUGAUUUCUGAAUUAUCUUUGGUUUUCUGUUUGUGAAAAACUUUAUAUUCCCUAUGGUAUGAGCAAUAGUGAAAUGCCAUGUUAGUAUUAUGUGCCUGUCAGACACUUAUGGUUAAGUGCAUGAAUAAAGUUGCAACAUUUGGUGAUAUGUACAUUGUUGUCUUUUUGAGGCUUGGCUAGUUCGA